ACGAAAGAGUUCUGGAAUAUGCUUUGUCAAGAAGCCAAGAACUACUACGCAUUUGAUCUCAAGGUACAUAAUCAUGAAACUUAUGGCAUACAGAAAGUAUCUUUGCUACGUCGUUUGUGUAACACACUGGGAAUUCAGCUGCUCAGCAGGGAUUACCAGCUGGAAGCAAAUUCGACAAGAACGCGACAACCGUUCACAGAGGAGGAUAUUCUGAACUUAAUACCAGUUACGAAACAUAGACAGCCUUGUGCCAGUGACGCCAAGAAAUUGUUUGCUCGCGGCCAGCAAGCUAUGCAAGUCGGACAUCUGCGCGAAGCGUAUGAGUGUAUCGCCGAAUCGGUUAAUUUGAUGACGUCUGUUUAUGGCGCCAUGCACAGUGAGCUUGCUCAAGCUCUUCGACUUCUUGCUCGCCUUUCCUACAUACUUGGCGAUCCAGCUGAAGCUGUCGCUCAGCAGCAUCGCGCAGCGCUUAUGAGUGAGCGCUGCAACGGUAUAGAUCAUGCAUACACUAUUAUUGAAUAUAUAAACCUUGCCCACUUUGCUUUCUCAAACCUCUAUAUUCCUGCAGCACUUAGACUUUUGUAUCGUGCUAGAUAUUUGUUGCUAAUCGCACAUGGAGAAAAUCAUCCUCUGAUGGCCCAAAUUGAUGGAAAUAUUGGAGUCAUUCUGUUUGCCGUUCAUGAAUUUGAUGCAGCCCUACGCUUCUUGCAGUCGGCAGAAGCCGCCAUGGCAGCAAACGGAGAACCCAAGCGUCUCAAAUCCGCACUAGUACAACAUAUCACCGCCCGCGCACAUGCAUCUCGUGGAGAUUUUCGAGCAGCUUUAGCAGCUGAAAAGGAAACUUACUCGAUUUAUAAUGGAUUGUUUGGACCAGAACACGAAAAGACCAAGGAAUCAAGUGAAUACCUAAGUCAGCUGACCAUGCAGGCCGUUGCUUUCCAAAGGAAAGUUAUGGAUGCAACUAAAGGGAACACCUUCAACAUUAGAAAAACAGUUUUUCCAAGAAUGCAAAGAAAAUUUUAUUUUAUUUUUCAGAUACGUUCUUUUUCCAAUCUCUUAAACAUAAAACCUCUAAUAUCCAUUGUUUUUGAAUUCGAAGCACCUGUCUAUUCUUAUCUCUUUCGAGUGUCCUUUUGA